ACUGUUGCAUGAAUUUUUGUUUCUUUAAAGUUAAUGCAGCAUGGUAGAUGAAGGUGUUAGUGCUGAGAGUAAAGACAACAUGACUAGCAGGUUGACGUAUGUUGGGAAAUUGAUUCUUGCUCCAAUGGUUAGAGUUGGUACAUUACCUAUGCGCCUGUUAGCCUUGGAUUAUGGAGCUGAUAUUGUGUACUGUGAAGAGCUAAUUGAUCACAAAUUACUAAGAAGUACAAGAGUUGAGAAUGAGGUCCUAGGUACAGUAGACUUUGUUCUGGAUGAUGGUACAAUUGUAUUCCGGACAUGUGAAAAGGAAAAGGACACUGUGGUGCUCCAAAUGGGUACAUCUGAUCCACAGAGGGCACUUGAAGUUGCAAAGCUAGUAGAGAAUGAUGUUGCUGGUAUUGAUGUUAAUAUGGGUUGUCCAAAAGAUUACUCUUGUAAAGGAGGCAUGGGAGCAGCUCUACUCACUCAACCAGAAAAAGUUAAGCAGAUUUUGACAACACUGGUACAAGGCUGCUGUAAGCCAGUGACCUGUAAGAUGCGACUUCUGCCAAAGAUGGAAGAUACAAUUGAUUUGGUAAAGAUUAUGGAAAGUACUGGGGUGUCUGCUAUUGGUGUACAUGGCCGCAAGAAAGAAGAGCGCCCUCGACAUGAUGUUAACUGUGAUGCUAUCAAGCUUAUCUCAAAGAGUGUUUCAGUCCCAGUUAUUGCUAAUGGUGGAUCCAGUCAGAUUAUAAAAACCUUUGAAGAUAUCGAAGAAUUCAGAAAUCUCAGUGGAGCAUCGUCUGUGAUGGUUGCUAGGGAGGCACAAUGGAACCCGUCUAUCUUCCGCAGGGAAGGAAAACUUCCAAUAAACAAUGUUAUUAAAGACUACCUCAAAUAUGCUGUUGACUAUGAUAAUCAGUUUUCAAAUUCAAAGUAUUGCUUGCAGCAGCUAAUGGUUGGCAGAAGUUUAGAGCCAGAAGCAAAGGCGCUACUAAAGGCUAAGACACUAAGGGAAUUGUGUGAAGUAUGGAGUAUGGAGGUUUACUUCGACUCUGUAAUUGCAGCACGUCAAAAAGCUGAAGAUUUACGUAAACAGCGAGUUGAAGCUGUAAAAAAGAGGAAAUUAGAUGAUGGAUCCACCUUGUACACAAUAGAGAUAAGAUACAACAAAAAAAAUUUUAGUCCAAUGACAACUCCGAAGCUCAUCCUGGGGGAGUGGUGUAGGGAUAAUCUUCUAGACCCCCCUGUAUAUUCCAUGGAGGAGCACACUGUUCACAGGCUGUAUCAAGCAACAGUCAAUGUUGACAAAGACUAUUUUUCAUCAUCUUGCUGGGAGAAAAGCAAACGUGCCGCUGAGCAUAACGCUGCAAUAGUGUGUCUACGCAUCAAGAGUGUAUAUGACGGAUUACUGGAACAUGAACAUUCCAAAAAGAAUGCAAGAGAAGAAAAAAGGAUGACGGAGAAAACAAACAAACAAACAACAAAAACCAGAUGGGAACACACAGAAUGCAAACCAGGUGGACCCUUCAGAUAGAAUCAAAGCAUUAGCCACAGCUAGUUGAUAGCAGUUGAUUGGCACGAGUAAUUAAGUUGAUAAAGAAUGUAACAGAGGUGUGAAUAUUUAGCUGAUAGAACACCCUAUUCGUUUACACAGGAUUUUUGUGACGAAUAAUGAGGGUGCACUCCGAUCCUAACAUUAAUAGGCGAAUUUGAGCAGUUUUACAGUCUUUUCAAUGAAAAAUAGGACGAAAUUACUUCAGUUACUUAAACUAAUAUGGAAAUAUGAAAUAUUGUGCUAAGAGGCUCAGUUUUGGAGUUAAAAUAGAGGGUGCAACCAGUUUUCUUGUGGUUGUUUUUGACUUUUUUUCUGCCUGUCUUAUGCCCUAACCAUUCCCAUCUCAAAGUUUUUGUUAUUUACUAAAUAAUUAUUAAUAUUUAGAUUGUGUUAUCUGCUCUCUGGAAGAAAUAUUAACCUGAAGUUUCUGGAGUAUACUUGAAGGUUGAUAUGGUCUGCUUUCCUAAUUUAUCAUAGCAUUUUAUAGCAUUUGUUCCUUUGUAUUCUAUAAUGGAAUAAGAGGGGGAUAUUUUGAUUGAUUGAUUACAAUAUCUACACAUUGAAUGACAUACAGUACUGUACAAUUUGACAAUGCAUGAUUGAUAUUAUAUAUAUGAAUAAUAUAUAGAUUUAUUUCUAAAUGCAUUAUUAAAGAUAAAAAGAACAUAUUUUUAAUCAGAAUUUUAAAAAAUUGAUUCAUUGGACUAAUUUCAUAAUUGCCCUUUUUGACUAAUCAAAUAAACAUCAUACAAACAGAUAAUUGCUUUUUUCUACAUUGAUCAUCUAAGGAUAAAUACAAACUACAUAUAAACAUGCACUGCGAAUAAAUAUUUCAACAUUUAACUAGAUCAUUUGGAAACCCAGUCAGAUGUUGUAGCCAAUAUUAUAGGAAAUUAUAAUCUGAUGGUUGUGAUAAGGUUGGUUUCACUAUUUUUUUUAUUUAGUAACCAUGUCUAAAACCUAAAGGUAGUUUACUGUGGGAAAUAAAAUGUUAAAAUGUAA